UCGAGUUUUUACACACAGUCUACGAACUACCGACAUGGCCCGUACCAAGCAAACCGCCCGCAAAUCUACCGGAGGCAAGGCUCCCAGGAAGCAGUUGGCCACCAAAGCCGCCCGCAAGAGCGCACCGGCGACCGGAGGAGUGAAGAAACCCCAUCGUUACCGUCCCGGUACCGUGGCUCUCCGUGAAAUCCGUCGUUACCAGAAGAGCACCGAGCUGUUGAUCCGCAAAUUGCCGUUCCAACGUUUGGUCCGCGAGAUCGCCCAAGACUUCAAGACCGACUUGCGUUUCCAGAGCUCGGCCGUCAUGGCUCUGCAAGAAGCCAGCGAAGCAUACUUGGUCGGUCUGUUCGAAGACACCAACUUGUGCGCUAUCCACGCCAAGCGUGUUACCAUCAUGCCCAAGGACAUCCAGUUGGCUCGCCGUAUUCGCGGAGAACGUGCUUAAUCGUCUCAAUACUCUACAAAUCCUCUUUAAAACGGCCCUUUUCAGGGCCACUACAUGCGUUAAAAUUAUUUCUCUAUCGACCUUACAGCGGGCGCCGCGCUGUUGAUAAAAUUAAUACAACAGUUUUGUACUCAAUAGUUUUAUUAUUAUCGACGGUCGUGGGUAUCCCCCCGAGAAUGUUGUUACU